AGACUGUUCGUCAUACGGGGUACGAUCGGUGGUGGUGCAGGUUCGCCUAACGUUUAGUAUAUCGUUAACGUCGUCGUCUGUGCGCGUUAUUUUGUGGCCAUUUUUGUUUCUCAUUCUCGGAAAAUUUUACCAAAAAGUGUCGUGGAGUUCUUCAACAGUCUUUACGAUCCUAUCGCUUUAACUUAAAGAAAUCGGCGAGAUCGGUGAGAAGUAGCCAACCGCGGUCUGUGUGCAGCUUACGGAGAAGGAAAAACCGAUCGAUUGUAUAACCAGGUUACUUCCUUUGAGUGAUCAGUUUUGCUCCCCUCGCUCGUUACGCAGGGGUUAGCCACGUUAUUUGUGAAAGAGCAAAAGAUUCUCCAGGCGUUAGUUAACACUGUCCCUCUGCCGGACGGGGAAGAAUUCUGGAAGCUCACCGUCUCGCCGUCCUCUUCGCUUCAAUGUCAGCAAGAUAGAGUGGUUUUUAUGUAAUCAACGGCCCGUACUGUCCGCACCUUGCACUUGCACUUGCACACACGGGAAGCCAUCACUCGUCAACCGGCACGAUCCACCGAUCUCGGCAACACUGUAACCGCGUGCCCUGGGCUGUGUGCAACAGCAACAUUUUCGUGUGGUGCAAGAGCUCCCGGCCCCCGUGUCGAGUGGAAAGUGUGGAGGCCAUUUUUGAAAAUUCGGUCGAUGGUGUUGAAGGGCUUCGGAAAACGAGCAUAGCCGAGGUGGAGGUGUGGUGAGAGCCGAUCGCCGCCAGCGGGGAAGUAAAGCGAUCGUGUGUAAAAAUAGUCAAGGGCCACCUACGCCUGUUUCGUCGGUGAAGUGUGUGUGUGUGUGUUUUGGUGGAUUCGCGUGAACGGGUGGUGUGGUACAAAGUGAAGGUUUACAUAAUUGCCAAGCCAACAGCAAGCCCUACCCAAGGGACGACGCUUUACAGCGAUCGGUUGGUUGCUUUUUCCACCGAAGAAGAUCGAGAUUCCGUAGCAGCAGCAGCAGCAGCAGCAGACAGACCACACCAAAGAUCCACCAACAAGUCGUUGAAGGCCAUCCAGCAUGUCGGAGAUGGAAGUUCUCGAGGAGGUAUAUAAGUUAAGUCCCUGUGAACGCGUGCCCCCGUGUGUGUGUGCGUGUGUACCAUUAAAGUGUUUUAAAGUCCAAAGUGUCCAAAAAAGUUUCCCGCCUGCUUGAGAGUGCCAGUGGCAGAAUCGUCAUCACCAUCACUUAUCACAAACGGUUCUGUAGUAGCGUUAAAGGCAAGAAAGAAAUCCCUUCAAAACGACGACGAUUACGACGACGACGGUUGGCUUACGGGACGCGGAAGUACGCGAUAGGACACAACGCAGCAUACCCUAACCCCAUCAUUAUCAUUAUCGGUCGUCGUCGCCGUCCGUAGAGCCGCGUAGCCGUCAAAAAUCUGGCCAGCAUGGAUUUGGUGAAACCAUUCAUGGGAUUGAACGUGGAUCGUGUCAGUAAGGAAAUCCGUGAUCAAUGCAAGGAGCUCAUCCUCACAGACAAACAGAUCGAGGAGAUUAUGCGGCGGGUGAUCAAGGAAAUCAACCGAGGGCUAAGCAAACAAACGCACGCCGAGGCAGACGUCAAAUGUUUCAUCACCUACGUACAGGACCUGCCCAAUGGAAAAGAAAAGGGUAAAUUUCUGGCCCUCGAUCUCGGUGGCACCAACUUCCGGGUGUUGCUGAUUCACCUGAAGGACGAGAACGACUUCGAGAUGCUGUCGAAGAUUUACGCCAUUCCACAGAGCAUUAUGCUCGGCAGUGGGACGCAGCUCUUCGACCAUAUUGCUGAAUGUUUAGCCAACUUUAUGAAGGAACACUCAGUGUACGAGGAACGUUUGCCGCUAGGAUUCACAUUCUCAUUCCCGCUAACGCAGUUGGGUCUUACCAAAGGUAUUCUUGCCCGAUGGACGAAAGGUUUCAACUGUUCCGGCGUUGUCGGCGAAGACGUUGUGCAGCUGCUGAAGGAUGCUAUCGCCAGACGAGGGGAUGUACAAAUUGAUAUCUGUGCCAUCCUGAACGAUACGACUGGUACGCUGAUGUCCUGCGCGUGGAAGAACCACAACUGCCGAAUAGGACUGAUUGUCGGUACGGGCAGCAACGCGUGCUACGUCGAGCGUGUGGAAAACUGCGACCUGUUCGAUGGUCCCAAGUCCGGGCCGAACAUUAAGAAGCACGUCCUGAUCAACACCGAGUGGGGUGCGUUCGGGGACGAUGGGGCACUUGAUUUCGUGCGCACCGAGUAUGAUCGCGAGAUCGAUCAGCACAGUAUAAACCCGGGCCGACAGCUGCAGGAGAAAAUGAUCUCGGGAAUGUACAUGGGCGAGCUGGCGCGUUUGGCGAUAGUGAGGUUCACGAAGGCAGGCCUUCUGUUCGGUGGCGUCGGGUCGGACAUUCUCUUCAAGCGCGGCCAGUUCUUCACGAAGUACGUGUCGGAGAUCGAGUCGGACAAACCGGGCACGUAUUACAACUGCCGGGAAGUGUUGGAAGAGCUCGGGCUGGAGCACGCGACCGACGAGGACUGCGCGAAUGUGCGCUACAUCUGCGAGUGCGUAUCGAGCCGGGCGGCUCAUCUUGUGUCGGCCGGCAUUGCGGCAUUGAUCAACAAAAUGGACGAACCAAGCGUGACGGUCGGUGUUGACGGGUCUGUGUAUCGUUUCCAUCCCAAGUUCCACGAUCUGAUGGUGCAAAAGAUCCGACAGUUUGUGAAACCGCACAUUUCCUUCGACCUAAUGCUGUCGGAGGAUGGUUCCGGGCGUGGUGCGGCCCUGGUAGCGGCCGUAGCCUGCCGUGAGGCACAGUAAACGUCUGGUCUGCCGGUGGCAUACCGCACCGGGACGCGACGAAUGGGGAGAACCUAAACUACCUAAAAACACUAAACCGCGGGUGUGUAGCGGCCGGAUGAUGGUGGCUGUGGUGUGUGCGUGUAGCUGCUACGGAAUCAACGACGAUCGAUGGGUUUAUUGUUUAAUCGCUCUCGCUGGCGCGCAGUCCGGGGCAGCACGUGCUCUCAGACUUUCUUCUUAUUUUUAUGUAACGUUAUCAGUUUACCACCUUUGGUCCGAUGGCGGCACGAUGGAAAAAGGGAGCGGGCCAACAAUAAUGUGGUGAGCCUUUCUUCCCAUUGUUGGCGCGCUGCUUGUGACUGCGACCUAGUCGUGCGGUAAUAGUUGCGUAUGAAAAAACCAAGCGUUCACACUUCUCACCCUUCUAGCGUCGUAACCUUAGUGAUUUAUACAGGUAUAUACGCAUAUACACACAUUAUACAUGCAUAUAGAAACAGUGAAAGAGAUAGAGAGAGAGAAUACAAAUGUUGAUCAGUGAAUAGGAAAAAGCAAAUCAUUUUACUAAAGAAAGGAGGACACGAUCGCGGAGCGCAGCUUCUUCUUUCGGUCCUCCGUCUAAACCACCGUAUCUCCUACCAAGCAACUGGAGCUGGCAUGAAAAAAAAAACAGAUGCGUUCUUGCCCACAAUCCCACUGCACAUGUUCAGCUUGUUCACAAAAGGAUGCUGCCAGACCCUAAGGAUAAAGAGACGAAGAACAACUAGCAAAGCUAUCUAUGGUGUGUAAAAUAUCUUUCGAUCGGCCGCCACAACCAGCAUCGAUAUGUGUGUGAGUGUGUGUGUGUGUGUGUGAAAAUCGCGUAGUUUUUGUUAUCCGAUGCUUCUUCAGCUUGAUGCGUGGGCACAGCCCGCCCCCUUCUUAUUGCCAUACAGUAUGCGAACUCCUACGGCACUGCUGGCUUUCUGCUUUUGGUGACCAUUUUGGGGGACAUUGGUGAGUUUCGGUACUGAUGAUGAAUCGCUCUGUGGUAAUAACCGAUCGGUGACAAUUAGUGGAUAGCAAAGGGUAAAAUGCAGGGAGAAAGUGAAACAAUAAUCGUAGACAAAAUCAAUACCCCUUUUUUGAAGCAAAACCCCGGUCUGCUGUAAACGGAUCGUUAAGCGCGUCACGUUCAAAACGAACUUGCUGUGGGCAACAAACCGGGGUGGGGGGGCACACGGUAUGAGUUAGCGUAUGUAGAUUGUACAUUGUUUUAACGUUAGUUACAAUUAUUACUGUUGCUGUAUUUUUCUUUUCUUUCGUUUCAUUCGCAAAGAAAAAGAAAACCCAGCUCAGUGCUACACACAGUGAGGGGGAAAGGAAAAGGGCACGUUGCGGAUGUUGUAAACUAGCCAAUCGAAUCAUGCGUUUGGAAAGCGGGACACAAGCAACGCCUGCAGGACAGUGUAGAAAUAUAAGGAAAAAUCAGAAAAGAAAAAAGAAACACACACAAUAUGUUACAACCUAGAAAGAGGCAGCAAAAUACAUAUGCAAAACAUACAAGGUGAGUGCGAUGUUGUAAUGGAAGUGUAAUAAAUUAUAAAUUGAGGGGUUGAAGACGAAUAGUUGGAUUGCCUCACGAAAGCAGCACGCAGCAGCAAACGUAAAGCCUGUUAGGACUAUUUAUGGACUGAUGAGGACGCCCCGGAAAGGAAGGAUAGGAGCGUCCGGCCCGGAUGUAUGUGCUGCCCUUGACUCUCCUUCUCCGUUUAUUUUGUAGCUGGUGUGUAGUGUAUAGUGAAUUGUUUUUCGCUCCGGGAGUUAUUAUUGUUUUCUAGUGGGUUUCUAUUAGGUUUGAGUUGUUUUUUUUUUGUUUUUGCAUAAUUUUAUGUUUUACCUUGUACUAGUAGCAGCAUGUAUGUAUGUGUGCAGCAUGAUCAUGUACAUAUCCUCCAGGAAAAUAGAUUAACAGACAGAGGCACUGCGGCCGCAACAACCGAGCUCUACGUAAUCUUGAGAUGCUUGAGAUUGUUGAGUGAGCAGAAUGGAAAUUAAUAUCAACCCCGGAUUUGAUUUCAUUCGUUUUAGUUUGCGCUAGCCGAUACGCGACGAACGCACUAGGAGAAAAGGCCAUUAAUGUAGACAAGUUUGUUGAACAUUGUUCGUAUGUUCUUCGUGUGCAUGGCAUGGUGCAGGUGGAACCGAAUCGAGGGAAUACAUUUGAAGGGCAACCAACCAACAGCAACACUAUUCCACACAGCGAAAUACAGUCAUACUAAAGUGAAUCGGAUUAGUAGAAUAUAAAAAAAUAUGUAUGAAAUAUAUUAAAUUUAAAGUAUUA